AUGAAAACGGCAUCACACACACACACACACACACGCAACAAGUAUGAAAACGGCAUCACACACACGCACGGCAACAAGUAUGAAAACGGCAUCACACACACACACACGCACGGCAACAAGUAUGAAAACGGCAUCACACACACGCACGGCAACAAGUAUGAAAACGGCAUCACACACACACACACACACGGCAACAAGUAUGAAAACGGCAUCACACACACGCACGGCAACAAGUAUGAAAACGGCAUCACACACACACACACGCACGGCAACAAGUAUGAAAACGGCAUCACACACACGCACGGCAACAAGUAUGAAAACGGCAUCACACACACGCACGGCAACAAGUAUGAAAACGGCAUCACACACACACACACGCACGGCAACAAGUAUGAAAACGGCAUCACACACACGCACGGCAACAAGUAUGAAAACGGCAUCACACACACACACACACACGGCAACAAGUAUGAAAACGGCAUCACACACACGCACGGCAACAAGUAUGAAAACGGCAUCACACACACACACACGCACGGCAACAAGUAUGAAAACGGCAUCACACACACGCACGGCAACAAGUAUGAAAACGGCAUCACACACACACACACACACGGCAACAAGUAUGAAAACGGCAUCACACACACGCACGGCAACAAGUAUGAAAACGGCAUCACACACACACACACGCACGGCAACAAGUAUGAAAACGGCAUCACACACACGCACGGCAACAAGUAUGAAAACGGCAUCACACACACACACACACACGGCAACAAGUAUGAAAACGGCAUCACACACACGCACGGCAACAAUAUGAAAAACGGCAUCACACACACGCACGGCAACAAGUAUGAAAACGGCAUCACACACACACACACGCACGGCAACAAGUAUGAAAACGGCAUCACACACACGCACGGCAACAAGUAUGAAAACGGCAUCACACACACGCACGGCAACAAGUAUGAAAACGGCAUCACACACACACACACACACGGCAACAAGUAUGAAAACGGCAUCACACACACGCACGGCAACAAGUAUGAAAACGGCAUCACACACACACACACGCACGGCAACAAGUAUGAAAACGGCAUCACACACACGCACGGCAACAAGUAUGAAAACGGCAUCACACACACACACACACACGGCAACAAGUAUGAAAACGGCAUCACACACACGCACGGCAACAAGUAUGAAAACGGCAUCACACACACGCACGGCAACAAGUAUGAAAACGGCAUCACACACACACACACGCACGGCAACAAGUAUGAAAACGGCAUCACACACACGCACGGCAACAAGUAUGAAAACGGCAUCACACACACACACACACACGGCAACAAGUAUGAAAACGGCAUCACACACACGCACGGCAACAAGUAUGAAAACGGCAUCACACACACACACACGCACGGCAACAAGUAUGAAAACGGCAUCACACACACGCACGGCAACAAGUAUGAAAACGGCAUCACACACACACACACACACGGCAACAAGUAUGAAAACGGCAUCACACACACGCACGGCAACAAGUAUGAAAACGGCAUCACACACACACACACGCACGGCAACAAGUAUGAAAACGGCAUCACACACACGCACGGCAACAAGUAUGAAAACGGCAUCACACACACGCACGGCAACAAGUAUGAAAACGGCAUCACACACACACACACGCACGGCAACAAGUAUGAAAACGGCAUCACACACACGCACGGCAACAAGUAUGAAAACGGCAUCACACACACACACACACACGGCAACAAGUAUGAAAACGGCAUCACACACACGCACGGCAACAAGUAUGAAAACGGCAUCACACACACACACACGCACGGCAACAAGUAUGAAAACGGCAUCACACACACGCACGGCAACAAGUAUGAAAACGGCAUCACACACACACACACACACGGCAACAAGUAUGAAAACGGCAUCACACACACGCACGGCAACAAGUAUGAAAACGGCAUCACACACACACACACGCACGGCAACAAGUAUGAAAACGGCAUCACACACACGCACGGCAACAAGUAUGAAAACGGCAUCACACACACACACACACACGGCAACAAGUAUGAAAACGGCAUCACACACACGCACGGCAACAAGUAUGAAAACGGCAUCACACACACGCACGGCAACAAGUAUGAAAACGGCAUCACACACACGCACGGCAACAAGUAUGAAAACGGCAUCACACACACACACACGCACGGCAACAAGUAUGAAAACGGCAUCACACACACGCACGGCAACAAAUCCACCUCGAGCAGCAGCGUGUCCCGAUCCCAGAACCUCCUGCUGAACAUCACUGCCCAGAGCGAGGCUGUGAGGAGGACCAUGAACCAAUCACACUUUUACACACUGGAGAACGCAGACACUGGAGAACGCAGACAUAGGAGAACGCAGACACAGGAGAACGCAGACACUGGAGAACGCAGACUCUGGAGAACGCAGACACAGGAGAAUGCAGACAUAGGAGAAUGCAGACACUGGAGAACGCAGACACUGGAGAACGCAGACACUGGAGAACGCAGACACUGGAGAACGCAGACACUGGAGAACGCAGACUCUGGAGAACGCAGACACAGGAGAACGCAGACACAGGAGAACGCAGACACAGGAGAACGCAGACACAGGAGAACGCAGACACAGGAGAACGCAGACUCUGGAGAACGCAGACACAGGAGAACGCAGACACAGGAGAACGCAGACACAGGAGAACGCAGACACAGGAGAACGCAGACACAGGAGAACGCAGACACAGGAGAACGCAGACACAGGAGAACGCAGACACAGGAGAACGCAGACACAGGAGAACGCAGACUCUGGAGAACGCAGACACUGGAGAACGCAGACUCUGGAGAACGCAGACACAGGAGAACGCAGACACAGGAGAACGCAGACACUUUUAGAACGCAGACUUUGGAGAACGCAAACUCUGGAGAACGCAGACACAGGAGAACGCAGACACAGGAGAACGCAGACACUUUUAGAACGCAGACACUUUUAGAACGCAGACACAGGAGAACGCAGACACAGGAGAACGCAGACACAGGAGAACGCAGACACAGGAGAACGCAGACACAGGAGAACGCAGACACAGGAGAACGCAGACACUGGAGAACGCAGACUCUGGAGAACGCAGACACUGGAGAACGCAGACACUGGAGAACGCAGACACUGGAGAACGCAGACACUGGAGAACGCAGACACUGGAGAACGCAGACUCUGGAGAACGCAGACACAGGAGAACGCAGACACAGGAGAACGCAGACACUGGAGAACGCAGACACAGGAGAACGCAGACACAGGAGAACGCAGACACAGGAGAACGCAGACACAGGAGAACGCAGACACAGGAGAACGCAGACACAGGAGAACGCAGACACAGGAGAACGCAGACACAGGAGAACGCAGACACUGGAGAACGCAGACACUGGAGAACGCAGACUCUGGAGAACGCAGACACAGGAGAACGCAGACACAGGAGAACGCAGACACAGGAGAACGCAGACACAGGAGAACGCAGACACAGGAGAACGCAGACACUGGAGAACGCAGACACUGGAGAACGCAGACACAGGAGAACGCAGACACUGGAGAACGCAGACUCUGGAGAACGCAGACACAGGAGAAUGCAGACAUAGGAGAACGCAGACACUGGAGAACGCAGACACUGGAGAACGCAGACACUGGAGAACGCAGACACUGGAGAACGCAGACACUGGAGAACGCAGACUCUGGAGAACGCAGACACAGGAGAACGCAGACACAGGAGAACGCAGACACAGGAGAACGCAGACACAGGAGAACGCAGACACAGGAGAACGCAGACUCUGGAGAACGCAGACACAGGAGAACGCAGACACAGGAGAACGCAGACACAGGAGAACGCAGACACAGGAGAACGCAGACACAGGAGAACGCAGACACAGGAGAACGCAGACACAGGAGAACGCAGACACAGGAGAACGCAGACACUGGAGAACGCAGACACUGGAGAACGCAGACACAGGAGAACGCAGACACAGGAGAACGCAGACACAGGAGAACGCAGACACAGGAGAACGCAGACACAGGAGAACGCAGACACAGGAGAACGCAGACUCUGGAGAACGCAGACACAGGAGAACGCAGACACAGGAGAACGCAGACACUGGAGAACGCAGACUUUGGAAAACGCAGACACAGGAGAACGCAGACACAGGAGAACGUAGACACAGGAGAACGCAGACACUGGAGAACGCAGACACUGGAGAACGCAGACACAGGAGAACGCAGACACAGGAGAACGCAGACUCUGGAGAACGCAGACACUGGAGAACGCAGACUCUGGAGAACGCAGACACAGGAGAACGCAGACACAGGAGAACGCAGACACUUUUAGAACGAGACUUUGGAGAACGCAAACUCUGGAGAACGCAGACACAGGAGAACGCAGACACAGGAGAACGCAGACACUUUUAG